AUCAACUAAAAAUAUUUAGUGCAUGUUUUUCGUUAGCGUACAGCAAAAGACGAUGGCAUAAGUUCAAAGACAUCGUCUCUUUAGAAUAAUAUUAAACGAGCUUUUCGUCCAAUACACAAGUAUACACCGUUCAUUAUGGACGGAAACGACUUUAUGAUGGAUCAACAAACAAAUGAUGAUUUUGAAGAAGAAAUUUAUGACGAGGACAGAUAUGAUGCUCUUAAUGAUGAAACAUUUGGGAAUGAUAUGUCAGAUGGUGAUUGGGAAACUGAUCAUGAGAAAUAUGCAAAGUUUGAUGAAGUCACCAAAAAGAGAUGGCCUGAUGGAACUGAAAAUGAUGAUUAUUUAACAACCUCAGCUAUUGAACCUAAUGUAUUCACAGAGUCUUUAAAGUCAUUACCUGAAUUAGAACGAGAACUAAGACAGCUGCAUACAUAUAACCACCAAUUUGAUAUUCCGCCACCUUUACAAUAUCAAAAUACUUAUAAUUUUGCCAAUCAAAGUAUGUGUAUGAAUCUACCAAGUAAUAACUGUGGUCCUAUUAGAAGACCAAUUCCUGUUCAAGGAUCUAAUUCUACAUCACGAAAUGUUUUCAAUGCACCUCCUGGGUUCAGAAACGCAAAUGGACACAUGGAGAAUAUUUUGUCUAAACCUCCACCAAAAGUAUCAGCUAUAAGUGUUGCUGACUUAGAGAGACAAAUGAUUGAUGCUGUUAAAAUAAGUCCAUCUUACAACCAUCCAAUACCAGAGGUGAACCAAGGAUACUUACCUAUGCCUUCAUACUACAAGCGUGAUUUUCCACAAUAUAAUGCACCAAACAUGCGUGCUAUGCCAAAAAAUUUUCCAAGAAAUAACAACACUUCAAGAAAUAUAGUAAAUGUUAAAAGAUAUAAUAAUAAUAAUAUGGGAUAUCAACAUUAUCCAAAAAUGCAGAAAAAUUAUACAUUUGAUGAGCAGUCAGAUUAUAAUGAUUCUGGUGCUGGUUUUAUGACAUUGAGGGAAAAACAUUGGCUGGCUGGAAUACAGACUAUACAAUUUCAUAACAGUAACCCAUUAGAAGAAGAUUACUAUUUCACUAUGUAUCAAAAACGUCAUCAUGGUUCAAGUGGACCAAAACCCAACAGUAUUUUUCAACAACCUGAGCAAUCCAGAGCUACCAAUUCGUAUACACAAUUACACUUCGAAAAUUCUUUAGGAAAAGUUUUGAUUGGCAGCGUAAUAACUCCAAGAAAAAUGAUUGAUAUUGAAACACAAGAUUUUACACCUACUUCAACAUCAACAAAUCGUGUUAUUGUUUCCCAAAAAAAUUCAAAACAGAUCCUUUUAGAAAUUGAACAUAUGUACAUACCGUUACUGAAAAUUGAACAAACUUAUUAUACAAUAAGAAACAAAGCACAAGCAGCACCUGCUGUUCAGCAGUACAUUGAUGAAUUAACUGAUAUUCUUACUAAGCAUUUACAUCAUUUAGUAUCAUAUGUGACUAUACGUAAAGGAAAACAAUUGGUACAUAGAAUUUUACCACAUCUCAAAAACCCAUCAUUUUUGUGGAGUGUAUUUUUUGGUCCUUCAAUUUGCACGAUAAUUUCAAAAGAUAAUGAAGACCAACUCCUAUUACUGUUUUUACCAUAUAUAAGGCAAUGGAUAUUUUGUUUAGAUUUAUCUGAACUAAAUCAAAUUGCGGAAUAUUUAAAAAAAAAUCUUUCAUUUGUCUUAAUAAGUGUUUUUGGUAUAUCAGUUAUUGCGAAUAUGAUUGAACGAGCAGAAGAAGUUCGACCGUCUACAGAAUUAAAGGAUUUAGAACAAUGGAGUGUAUUUAUUAGUAGUGUUAUAUACACUGGUUCUGAAACUACAAUACAAAGACCAGUAAUUGGUUUGGAUAAAAAAAUCAUAGAAAAACAUUUGACGAAUUUGCCAUUUGAUCAGUCUAUAACAGUUGAAAAAAAAAUUGAAUCUUAUUCAAAGACUUGGUUUGGAUACAACUAAAAAAUAAUCAAUAGUCUUGAAUAUUCUUGAGAUAAUUUUAAUUUUGUGUGAUUUACAGUGACUACCAUACUAUUAUGGCAAAUUAAAUUAUCCAUAAUGAUAGUAUUUUUUUUUUUUUUUUUUAUUACUAUAUUGGCGAAAUGGUAAUCUCUUGUACACUUUUUGUUUUGAUGUCUAAGCAUUUGUGUUGUAAAUAAUGUUGGAAGUUUGUUGACUGAAAACUAUUUAUUUUUUCUUUGCAUUGAUUUAGGUUUAAGGUUUUACUAGCUUUACUGAAUUUGUCUCCAUAUAACAAUUAUUUAUUGUAUUUUAAAUAUUAAUCUUAUAUUUGUUCCAGCUCAUUAACAC